AUGACGUCUUGGUUUCCAUAUAUGAGGGUAUCUUGUGCAUAUAUGCAGAAAGGUCUACCAGAACCAAAGAAAGAAUCUGUAUUUCAGGGACUAGGAAUGGAAGAAGGAUUUUAUACAUCAAAAGAUUUCCUACCACUGGUGUCUAUGGCAAGUAAACCAGGAAUAUGCGGCUGUCGCUCUUCAUUGCCAUCAAUACAGGGAACCGUGAUUGUUCUUGGAGCAGGCGAUACCGCCUUUGAUUGUGCAACAUCAGCUUUGCGCUGUGGAGCUCGACGUGUUUUUGUGGUCUUCAGGAAAGGAUUUACUAAUAUACGGGCUGUCCCAGAAGAGAUGGAGCUUGCAAAGGAAGAAAAGUGUGAAUUCCUACCUUUUCUUUCUCCUCAGAAGGUUGUAAUAAAAGGAGGAAAAAUUGUUGCUAUGGAAUUUCUUCGGACUGAACAAGAUGAGGAUGGAAAUUGGAAUGAAGACAAGGAGCAAACUGUCCGUCUGAGAGCAGAUAUAGUGAUUAGUGCCUUCGGUUCAACCUUAACUGAUCCCAAAGGUAUUUCUCAGUCACAAGGUUUAUGA